UAGCUCACGUCUAAAUCGUAGCAGAGAAGUGAUCACUCUCUGAGAGACUCUCCUCCACUCAUGGCUCUAACCACCGGCGGAGCUAGAGUCCUCUGCGGAAGCCCCACCACACAACACCCCUACACCAGCCUCUCCUCCCAGCGCCACGUCCUCUCCCCGCUCUCGCCAAGAAGAACCCUCCACGUGGUGUCCGCCAAGCGCUUCACCUCCAGAACCGGGAGGCUGGACAACAAGAGCAACAAUAGGAACUUCAAGAGGAGCAAAGACCAAGAACAAGACCCACGGACGGCUGAGCUUGAAAGCCUUGCGGCGGAGAACAUUGAUGAUGGCUACUUCUUGCCUAAGCUUCCGGGAGAUGAGCCGGAUUUCUGGGAAGGUGAACAGUUGGACGCUCUUGGGUUCUUCGUCGAGUAUUUGUGGGCUUUUGGUUUUGGCUUUGCGGUUAUUGCAGCAAUUGCGGCUGCCGCGACAUUCAAUGAAGGGGCAACUGAUUUCAAGGAGACUCCUGCUUACAAAGAUUCAAUCCAGUCUCGCGAGUUUCUAGAAGAACCAGAGGGAUCUAGCCCAGAUGUCUUUGAAUCCAACCCCACUGAAGUGGCUCCUAGUUUGGAAUAGUAGUGUUUGUAGAAUGAAAGAACAAUGACUCUCUACAUCAGAUGAUACAUGAUACAGUCCUAGGCAAAGAAACUGUGUUAGAGAUUAUAUCUCAACUUUGUAAGGCAAUUUUCAAUAGAUUAAAACUUAUGUUUCUGAAAGCUUUCUGAACUUGGCACAUUGUCUU